AUGGGUCGCUGUAUUAAAGUUCUUUUCGGAAGUUUAUCUUUCAUAGUUGCUUUAAUUGCAAUCGGUAUUGGUUAUUUGAAAAUAGACGAAGUUUUUCGACAAAAAUUUUUUGCAAAAUUUAAAAAUAUAGUGUCCAAUAUUAAUGACCCUGCUAUGAUGAAUUUACGAUGUAAUCAAUUAUUAAGACAUUCUGAUGUCAAAGGUCACAUCUUAGAAAUUGGUGCUGGCACAGGAAUAAAUUUUCCAUGUUUAUAUAAUAAUACAAAUAUUGAAUCAUAUACGGGACUUGAACCUAACGUUGAGAUGCAUUCAUAUUUUUAUAAUUUUAUUCAACAGUGGGAUAUUUCAUUUGGAGUUCGUCUCUCAAAUAAUCCAGCAACAAAUAUGUUUCAUAUUGAAUCGAAUACUAUUGAUACAAUUAUUAUGACUUUAGUUUUAUGCAGCAUACCAGAUCCAUUACCACAACAAGUUCUUCUUGAAGCUCAUCGAGUAUUGAAGCCAGGUGGAACUUUUAUCUUCUUUGAACACGUUAUCGCUGAUUCUCAAACUGAUCCAUUCAUUUAUGGAUUACAAAAAACAAUUGAACCAUUAUGGGUUAUCAUUGGUGAUGGUUGUCGAUUUAAACCAAUUACAAAUUACUUUGAUUCGGUGAAAAAUCUUUAUUCAAAAGUCGAAUAUGAAUAUAGUGAUAUACCUAUGCCAGUGUUCUUCUUUAAAGAUGCUGUGAAAGGAAAACUGACCAAAUGA